UGACAACAGCUUACCUAGACAGCCGUAUGUGACCUUUGUUGUGGGCGCAUGCAAGCCGUCUUGACGCAUAUAUAGAUCUCGGGAAAGCUGCCGACCGACAGCUCCCGCCCAUCCCGCCCAUCCCCUCCAUCCCCUGCUUACCCAUCGACAAGGGGGCCUGUCCAUCUCAUCUCUGCAUCUACCGCUACUUGUCCACCACCCAUCGACACAUUGCUACGGUUCCAUCACACGUUGCCCAACAUGGUCAGUCUCCGGCCCCAAGAAGAUCCGCAUCGGCCGGCGCCAAAGCAGAUCUACAACAUCCGCGUAUAUGCUCUCGCCGCCGCAGCCUCCUUUGCGUCGAUGAUGAUCGGCUACGACUCGGCCUUCCUCGGCACAGUCCUCGUCCUGCCGUCCUUCAUAAAGGACUUUGGCACCCUGGCACCCAACACGUCCGCCAACCUCGUGACGACGUACCAGAUCGGUGCGCUCUUUGGCGCCGUCAUCGGUUACCCGCUCGCCUUCUACUACGGCAGACGCUGGGGUCUCGUCACAUGCGCGGCCCUCUUUGCCAUCGGAUCCGUCGUCAUGGUCAUUGCGUCCCCUUCCACCGGUCUCGGCCCCAUUUACGGUGGUAGAGCCGUUGCCGGCAUCGCCAUCGGUGCAGCGAGUAACUUGACGCCGCUUUACAUCUCCGAGAUUGCUCCUACUGCCAUUCGUGGUCAGCUGGUUGGCCUCUACGAAGCAGGCUGGCAGGUUGGCGGUCUUUUGGGGUUCUGGAUCAACUAUGCCGUCCAAACCACCCUCCCCGAAUCCACCACCCAAUGGCGCAUCCCGUUCGCCGUGCAGCUUAUCCCUGGUGGUCUCUUCCUCCUCUGCUCUCCUUUCCUCAUUGAAUCUCCGCGCUGGCUCCUGAGCAAGGACAGGCAUGAACAUGCAGUGAAGAACCUCUGCACCAUUCGCCAUCUCCCCAGCGAUCAUCCUUACCUCAUUGAUGAGCUCACGAUGAUGCAGGGCGGUAUCGAGGCGGAGAGGGCACAGGCCGGCAGGGGCAUCAUUGGGCCUUUCAAGCAGCUUCUGCAGGCCGGUGUCAGGUUCCGACUUUUCAUCUCCGUCAUGCUCUUCUUCUUCCAGAAUGGAACAGCUAUCAAUGCUAUCAACUACUACUCGCCCACCAUCAUCAAGAGCUUUGGCAUCACUGGUCUCAAUUCAUCAUUGAUAUCUACUGGCAUCUUCGGCGUCAUCAAGACGGCUGCUGCCUUUGUCUGGCUUCUGCUCCUCAUCGACCAAUUCGGACGCCGACGCAUUUUUAUUACUGGUUCCAUCGGCUGCGGCCUCAUGCUCUGGUGGAUGGCCAUCUACCUGGCGGCGGCGCCAAAGAACAGCUUCGCGACCGGAGAGCUCACACCUGGAAGCAGGAGCAUGCUUGCCGCUUUCUACAUCUGGACCGUCUUUUAUGGCUCCACUUGGAACGGAACACCUUGGGUCUUUGGCUCAGAAGCUUUCCCGAUGGGCUCGCGCUCGGCAGGUCAAUGCUGUGCGGCCUUUGCCAACUGGGCGUGGAACUUGCUCGUCGCUCGCACGACGCCGCUCGCAUUUGCCGCCAUCGGUUCAAACUUUUACUUUGUCUUUGCCGCUGUCACGACUGCGUCCAUCCCCUUCGUCUACUUCCUGCUCCCCGAGACGAAGCAGAUCCCUCUCGAGCACAUGGACGAGCUGUUCAGCUCGCCCGAGCCAGCACGCCGCGCGGGGCCAGUCCUCCGCCAGCAGCUCAGCGAGCGGGCACGACCCAGCGAUGCAAUCGGUGCCACUGCCGCUGCUAGAAACAGGACGGGCAGUGCGGGAAGCAGCAGCGAGUCAGACAUCGAGAAAUAGGGCUCUUACAUCAACAAACGGAUUCAAGAGACUCACAGUCACGCCUUUCAAAAGCAAAGGGACUGAGGUUAUUACGGUGAUCGUGCGUCGCUCUUUUCAUGUUGUAUUUUAUCGCGUGCGCUCCAAAAAGCAUGUCGUCG